AUGGGACCUGCCUUCAUUAAUAGUCCAGGAGGCUGCCCCGUGGACAAGACGCACAGAAACCAGUGCAGGGCAUGUCGGCUCAAGAAGUGUUUGGAAGUCAACAUGAACAAAGAUGCCGUGCAGCACGAGCGGGGCCCUCGGACGUCCACCAUCCGCAAGCAGGUGGCCCUCUACUUCCGCGGACACAAGGAGGAGAACGGGGCGGCCCUGGCCACGGUGUCCGCCACGCCCGAGCGGCAGACCCUCGUGAGCCUGGCUCAGCCCACGCCCAAGUACCCCCAUGAGGUGAAUGGGGCCCCCAUGUAUCUCUAUGAAGUGGCCACAGAGUCAGUGUGUGAAUCCGCUGCCAGGCUUCUCUUUAUGAGCAUCAAGUGGGCGAAGAGCGUACCAGCUUUCUCCACCCUGUCUUUGCAAGACCAGCUGAUGCUUUUGGAAGAUGCUUGGAGAGAACUGUUUGUUCUAGGAAUAGCACAAUGGGCCAUUCCGGUUGAUGCUAACACUCUACUGGCUGUAUCUGGCAUGAAUGGUGACAACACAGAUUCCCAGAAGCUGAACAAGAUUAUAUCUGAAAUACAGGCUUUACAAGAGGUGGUGGCUCGGUUUAGACAACUCCGGUUAGAUGCUACUGAAUUUGCCUGUCUGAAAUGCAUCGUCACUUUCAAAGCUGUUCCUACACAUAGUGGUUCUGAACUGAGAAGUUUCCGGAAUGCUGCUGCCAUUGCAGCUCUUCAAGACGAGGCUCAGCUAACUCUCAACAGCUACAUCCAUACCAGAUAUCCCACUCAACCCUGUCGCUUUGGAAAGCUUCUGUUGCUUUUGCCAGCUUUACGUUCGAUUAGCCCAUCAACCAUAGAAGAAGUGUUUUUCAAAAAAACCAUCGGCAAUGUGCCAAUUACAAGACUGCUUUCAGAUAUGUACAAAUCCAGUGAUAUCUAAGCUCUUCAAGUUCCCACUUUCCAGUAUGGGAUAGUCUCUGAUGAACUUCCAUCCACGGAGAACACGCUUCAACUAACCAACCCUUCGGGAAGCAUAUAUCUGGGGGUGUGGAGCCUUCCGGAGAAGACAUCCAUGGACACAACAGUUUCAGCAGCUUUGACCUGCUGCUGCCUCAUCCAGGGCAGGGCAGCCCAGAAGGACGGCCUGAGCAGAGAACUCGCUGCUGCCACGCCCUGGGAGGGCACACAUGGAGGGUUGCCACUGGCCGUGCCACUCUGCUGGAAGAUCCGUCUGAACUAUCAAACACUGAAACACGAGUAGAACUUCCUUUUCGUUUUUAGUGUAUAAAGUUGGGUAACCAAAUAGAGCUCUGUGUAUAACACCAUGCAGCAGCCUUGAGAACUAUCUUAUGAACUAGACUUUAUUGUAAAAACAAUGGUUAGGUUUAAAAUAAAAAAAGUUUUAUCAAAAUUUUCCCAUCUAUUGUAAUACAUCAUUAAGUGGCCUUCAGAACUGAGUUAAUAAGUGAAAGGUAGAUUAUGCCGUGAGAUUUGCUUUUUCUCUAUCUUUUUUUCCUUUCUCUUUCUUUUCUUCUUCUUUUUAAUACCAUAGGCCAGGCAACCUUGUCAAAGGAUUGGUGGACGAAAAUGAAAUUCUCACCAGAACUUCAGUUUGGAUAACAUCUCAAAAAUAGAAGAGCUUUACUAAAAAAACAAGAGUCGAGGGAGGAAGACUAAAAACAGCAAAACCAAAUAAAGCGGAGGUGAAAGAUUGAGGCAGAUUGCUGUCCCAUGAAAAUAGUGCUGAAACCAAAGGCAAUGAGGGUCCAAGCUCGUGUUUCAGUGAAUCACAUCAGACAGGAAACCAACACAGAUGUGAUGUUGAAUGGAACGUCAAAGAGAUGAGCACUAAGAGGUUUCUCGAUUGAUCCACUGCUAACAGCCUGAGACUCUUAAAUGCCUUUCAGAAAACUGGUUUCUAGUAAAGCCUUGAAUGUGUGUGUGCAUGCACACAUACACACGCACACCACUACCACCACCACCACCACCACCACACACCCCAUUCUACAUUGUAAGCUGCUCCUUUGGUAUGAAACUAUACUUAUGAAAAUGUAGAAACAAACAUUUUAAAAUAGCUGCUGUACUUUUCACAUUUUGAUUUAGUAGUUUCUAGCACUGAGGAAAACUAUU